AUGCUGCCGCACCGUCGGGAAACUUGGGGCUACUACGGCGUCCGCGAGCGCCCCUCCGGUGACUUCUCUGCCGAGAUCCGGUCCCACAAGGUGCGCCUCGGCCUUGGCACUUUCGACACCGCCCAUGAGGCCACCCGCGCGUACGACACGGCGGCGUGGUGCCUCCGGCGGCCUCGUAGGGAGAUCAACUUCCCCAACGUACCGACGCGGGAGCGGACACAGGAGCUCGCGCCUCCGCUACUGCUUAUCACCGAGGAGGUUCGUCGCGACAACCGGGAGCGGGAGCACCGUCUCGGCAUCGCCGAGAUGGACGAGGAAGCUAUGGUGCUGUGUGAUACGUUUCCAAUGUAUCUAUAA